GCCCCAAUUAGGAACCUGUCGAUUUGCCUCAGUCUUUAUUUUGAUUAGUUAAAAAGUUUUUUUUAACCUCUUUACGUAAUCGUCUACAAUAUAGCACAACGUGAAUAUGGGACUUUUAUUCUUUAUGGCAUGCAUAGCUAUUUCUGACACAAGGUGGCUUAAGUGUGGUUGGAACGAAAACCAGCAUGCACAGUGUGCCCCCAGGACUAGGGUUGAAAACCACUGUUCUAUGGAAGUCUCCGAUAUAGGUUUACCACAUAAUAUUUGACUUCAAACAUAUACAUGAAUUGGUGGGAAUAUAGUUAUCUCAUACACAGUUGUAAUAUAUGUUUAUUAAACUGAAAUGUUACAAUCUGUUAGCUAUUCACACCUCCUUCAUGACCACGCAGUUCGUUCUUGGUUGUUCAUUAACAUCAAAGAGGAAGAUCUGCUACCAAACUGAUCAGCACCAUAGCAGAUCUGUGAAACCACUGUGCUGCUUGUGAUUCUAACAGUUACCAGUUUUAUCUCUAUUUGAAAUUAGCUGUAUGUUAUUUGUAAGAUUUUGUGAUUUUACUUGAGCAAAUCGGAUUUCUAAGUUGCUCCGUGGAUAUAGCCUAUGUUUUGGAGUGGGACCGCUCCGUCGCUUGAAGAAAUUAUAUAUCCUGCCAGUGACUACAAAUCCUUGGAAAAUUUCUACAAAUACGCAUUUUUAUCGAAUUAAUCCAUGGCUGAUUCAACAGUUUUCUAUCAGAAAACGUAAACAACCAGGGAAGACUGUAGGCUUCCUUUAUUUUUCAAAAAGUUCUAUUUUUGUGCAAUCUCUUCGGGAGUUUUUGGUCUGGUGUCUCAAGGUGUUUAAACGACAGAAUUUUUCGUUACAGUCCAAAGUGAGGGAAGUAAUUUUCUAAGAUAGCUGAUAAAUCCCUUAAGAUUUAGACGGACUACUUAUAAUUUUAAACCAGUAUUUGUCUCAACUGAGUUCUCUCUUAAUCGUUUUGACAGUUGAACAGGCAUGAAGUGUGUCUUUUUUGCAUUAAGACUGUAGAUUGCAACUCUGGAAAGUGCCUUUUCAGCUUAAUGUAGGCUGCUACAUCUCGGUCUAUCAAAAUGCUGUACCGUUGUUUGUUGUGGGUCUGUUCCAUGCUUGCGAUCACGGCCCAAAGUUUAAUGGUGAGGGACUGCUUGAAGUCCGCAUAUGUUCUGAACGUGGUCCUACUGGAAGACGAUGUUUCAGAGUGGAGUCUUAAAUUUGUGAAGGCAGGAGUGGAGCGCGCAAUUGCAAUAGAGAAUCAACGUAACGCCGAAGAAGGCCUGAAUUUCAAGUUGACCGCUAACUAUUGUGGCUUCAACACAUCAUCGUACCGCCGCAGAGGCUGUGGAAGUAGCACAUGCGAGGGUGUGGAGAUACUGAAAAGACUUCAGGGUCAAAAUGAGGUAGGCUGUGCCAUGCUGGGGCCUUCCUGCACAUAUGCCACCUUUCAGUUAGUAGACCUGGAGAAUGGCUUUAAUUCGAGCGUGCCCAUCAUCUCAGCUGGCAGCUUCGGGCUGUCAUGUGACUACAAGGCCUACCUAACGCGGCUGCUUCCCCCGGCGCGUAAGAUCUCCAACCUCUUCAUCGAGUUCCUGCGCUUUGAAGAGAGCAGCCUGAAGCCGCGUUGGGAAGCGGUCUACGUCUACAAGAAACCGGAGAAUUCGGAGGACUGCUUCUGGUACAUCAACGCCCUUGAUGCCCCGUCAGCUGCAUUUAACUCAGCAAUAACGAGGAAGGUCCUGCGCAAACCGGAGGAACUGCACUCAGCCUUCGAGAGGAAGAACAGGACGAGCAACUUGUUUAUUAUCUGUGGGACCCCCGAGGACGUUGCCAAUUUGACAGACAAUGGACGCCGUCUUGAGCCGGACAUUGUCAUCCUUCUGAUUGAUCUUUACAACCACGAGUACCACAGUGCUGCAGGCAGUCCGGCUAUGAGCAACGUGCUGGUCAUAACCAUGCCCAACAUAAGGAACUACACAGAGGGCUGGACCGACAAUGGCACGCUACCGGAGAUGAAUGACUAUGUUGCGGGGUACCAUGACGGGGUGCACCUGUUUGGUUUGGUGCUGAGGCAGAAGAUGCUCUAUGGUGAAGGCAGUGUUGAAGAGAACGCCUCAGUUGAAAACCCCUUCAAGAACAUCUCCUUCAGUGGUAUUGGUGGGCAAUAUGUGCUAGACGAACAUGGAGACCGAGAUGUAAAUUUUUCGGUGAUGUACAUGUCGACCACUGACAGCCAGUAUAAAGUUCUGUUUGAGUUUGACACGUCCACCAACAACACGGCAGUCGUAGACGCUAACCCGACCUGGCACUGGAAGAGCUCCCGGCUGCCGGACGACAGGCCCGCCCAGGAGCAGGUGCUGCUGGCCACUCAGGACAUCAUCGUCAUCGUCCUGGGCAUCUCUGUGGUGGUGGUGACGGUCUUCGCCCUCAUCUUUUACAGGCGAAAUAUUAAAGACCGGCAGGCUCAAAAGCAGUGGUCCCACAUCCCUCCGGACCGGAUCACCCCUGUGGACGACAAAGACUUCAGCCUGGUCUCCCUCAAGAUUGAUGAGGACCAGAGGAAGGACAGCAUUGACAGAAUUCGCCGGGGACGCUACGAUCAAAAGCCCAUCAUUCUGAAGGAGCUGAAGAACACGGAGGGGUACUUCAGCGAGGAGAAGAGGAUCGAGCUUAACACGCUCCUGCGCAUCGAUUACUACAACCUGACCAAGUUCUACGGCACGGUCAAGUUUGAGUACGGCGUGUUUGGAGUGUAUGAAUUCUGCGAGAGAGGAUCGCUGCGGUACGUGCUGAAUGACAAGAUCUCUUAUCCAGAGGAGACCUUCAUGGACCUGGAGUUUAAAAUCUCUGUCAUGCAUGACAUUGUUAAGGGCAUGUCCUACCUCCACCUGAGCAACAUCGCAGUCCACGGCCGCCUAAAAUCCACAAACUGCGUGGUGGACAGCCGCAUGGUGGUCAAAAUCACGGAUUUCGGCUGCAACAACAUCCUUCGUCCCAGCAGAGACCUGUGGACGGCCCCGGAGCACCUGCGUAACCCCGGGACCUCCCAGAAGGGAGACGUGUACAGCUUCGGCAUCAUCAGCCAGGAGAUCCUGCUGAGGAAGUGCACCUUCUACACCGCCGCGUGUUCCGAUCGAGCGGAGAAGACAUACAGAGUGCAGUUCCCGGACUCCUGCUCCUUCUUCAGGCCCGACCUGAAUUUGGAGUCGGCAGGGGAGAGAGAGCGGGAGCUAUGUGGGCUCAUUAAGAACUGCUGGGAUGAGGACCCAGAGAAGAGGCCGGAUUUCAAGAAGAUAGAAAGCUGUCUGGUCAAGAUCAGCAGCCUGCACAGCCAGGGCAAUGAGAGCUACAUGGACAGCAUGAUCCGGCGGCUGCAGAUGUACUCACGCAACCUGGAGCACCUGGUGGAGGAGAGGACGGCCCUGUACAAGGCCGAGAGGGACCGAGCCGACCAGCUCAACUUCAUGCUGCUGCCUGGGCCUGUGGUACAGUCCCUGAAGGAGCGUGGCUGUGUGGAGCCAGAGCUGUUUGACGAGGUGAGCAUCUACUUCAGCGACAUCGUGGGCUUCACCACCCUGUGCCAGUACAGCACGCCCAUGGAGGUGGUGAACAUGCUGAAUGAAAUCUACAAGAACUUCGACAGCAUCCUCGACAACCACGACGUCUACAAGGUGGAGACGAUCGGUGAUGCGUACAUGGUGGCAUCGGGGCUGCCCAACAGGAAUGGGAACAGGCAUGCGGUGGACAUCUCCCGCAUGGCGCUGGACAUCCUGUCCUUCAUGGGCACCUUUCGGCUGCAACACCUGCAGGAGCUGCCCGUGUGGAUCCGCAUCGGGGUGCACUCAGGUCCCUGUGCAGCAGGGGUGGUGGGAAUUAAGAUGCCCCGAUACUGCCUGUUUGGAGACACAGUCAACACAGCCUCACGCAUGGAGUCUACAGGCCUGCCACUGAGGAUUCACGUCAGCCAGCCCACUAUCAGCAUCCUCCAGCGGACAGACUGCCAGUUUGUGUUUGAGAGGCGGGGGGAGACCUACCUGAAGGGCAGAGGCACGGAGACCACCUACUGGCUGACAGGGGUCAAAGGUCAGGAGUAUAACCUUCCUGUUCCCCCAACAGCGGAGAACUUCCAGCGGCAGCAGCAGGAGCUGGCCCACAUGAUCGAGUCCUGCCUGGAGAAGCGCUCGCUGGGCGGCGGCAGGAAGGAGCAGCGGAAAACCCUCUCCACGCGCCAGAGGAGGAGGGAGAAGGAGGACGGUCAAGGUGACCAGCAGCCCGAGUACCUGCACCUGGUGGACAACCUCAUCACACACAUGUAGGCCCUCACUCAGACCAGCACUUACAUGUAGGCCCUCACUCAGACCAGCACUUACAUGUAGGCCCUCAUCCAGAACAGCACAUAUAUGUAGAUCCCCAUCCAUACCAGCACAUACAUGUAGAUCCCCAUCCAUAC